UCAAACUUUGCCGACCAGGAUCCUAUGCUAUAUAUUCAGAUUGCAGAUCUCUCACUCUUCAUUGCAACAUUCAUUUAGUGUACUUUUUCGGAUUGAAUCUUUCAUUAGCUUAUCUCAUAGAUUAUCUUUAGUCUCGUGAACGUUAAAAUUGAUUUCUUUUUUUCUUAGAUUGAAAGAUUAUUUCAUUUAACUUGAAAGAAGAGUUGCAGAAAUGAUUUCCGCUGAUUUUGGUAGCUUACCCAACUGGGGGAGAUCUCUUAUAUCAGUUGAGGGUAUUGAUGAACUUGCUAAAAGGAAGCUUCAAGAAGUUCCAGAGAGAUAUGUGAGAAGUGAUGAAGAAAGACCUGCAAUGCUUGCUUCUUCAUUUCAUCAAUUUGACUAUCAGCAGAACAUUCCUGUCAUUGAUAUGGGUAAGAUUGCACAGGCACAACACAGAGAAGAAGAGGUUAGAAAGAUUGGUGAGGCUUGUGAAGAAUGGGGAUUCUUUCAGGUGGUUAAUCAUGGUAUCCCUCAUUCACUGAUAGACAGUAUAAAGAAAAUUGGGAAAGAGUUCUUCCAGCUUCCAUUGGAGACGAAGCAGAAGUAUUCAGUGAGGCCAGGGGAUCUUCAGGGCUAUGGUCAGACUUUCGUUGUGUCUGAAAACCAAAAGCUGGAUUGGGGCAAUUUGUUGGGUUUGAUCAUGUCUCCUCCUGAAUGCAGGGAUAUGAACUUGUGGCCCACUGAGCCUGCUGGUUUCAGGGAAAAAGUGGAUGCAUACAACAUUGAAAUUAAAAGUCUUACUGGGCAAAUAUUGGCUUUGAUUGCUGAGACAUUGCAGUUGCAACCUGACUUUUUUGAGAAGAAAUUUGGCGAUGCAUACCAAAAAAUGAGGAUGAAUUACUAUCCUCCCUGCCUGAGACCAGAUCUCGUUCUAGGACUAAGUGCACAUGCAGACAUGGUGGGCCUGACGCUACUGCUGCAAGACGAUGAAGUACCAGGAUUGCAGAUCCACAAGGGUGACCAAUGGAAAACUGUGCAACCAAUUCCUUAUGCCCUGGUCGUUAAUAUUGGAAACAUAAUAGAGGUUAUGACAAAUGGAAGAUACAAGAGCAUCGAACACCGAGCAGUAACAAACAAGGAGAAGGCAAGGCUGUCAAUUGCAGUAUUCUGUGCUCCAGGAUUCACUGAAGAAAUUAGUCCUGCUCCUGAACUGAUUGAUGAAGAUCAUCCCUGCUUGUUUAGGAGAUUUAUACACCAAGAUUACAUGGAUAAUUACUUCUCUCGUGGGGUGGAGGGAAAGAAUUCAUUGUAUGAAUAUGCUGCAAUGAAAAAUUGAGUUAUACGGAAUAUCAGUAAUAAGUUAGCUAGUUUAACAAGAUCUCUGCAUGUACUCACCAUUGUUUGUAACCACAAAAGUCAAAUUUUCUGCUCUUGAUGCUUUUGAACAGUACAGACAGGUGACAGGAUGUACCAUGUCAGCCAUUAGCUCAAAUUUCAGUUGUAUUGUUCACCCACUCACUAAAAAAUUAAUAACCUAUAUUUCUUUCUUCA